CACGCAACAUCUCUCACUCCUCACAUAAUUAACCAAGAAUUCAGCGAAUACAGAAGCUUGUAACGAUGAAAGGGUUUCCUAAUUACCUCGUAGCUUUGGCACUCAUGGCUUUGGCAAGCUCUCUUGCCUCUGCCUUUGACCCUGCUCCUCUGCAAGACUUUUGUGUUGCAUUUAACACAUCCACUGAUGCUGUAUUUGUGAAUGGAAAGUUUUGCAAGGAUCCAAAGCUUGUCAUUGCCAAUGAUUUCUUCUUCCCGGGACUAAACACUCCUAGAAGCACUGCAAAUCCACUUGGGUCGACUGUCACUCUUUUGGAUGUGAGCAAGAUAUUUGGCCUCAAUACAUUAGGCAUAUCCUUGGCUCGCAUUGACUUUGCACCGUACGGCCUAAAUCCACCCCAUACUCAUCCUCGUGCCACUGAGAUUUUAGUAGUCAUAGAGGGUACUCUGUUAGUUGGCUUUGUGACAUCCAACCCGGAUAACCGUCUCAUCACAAAAACUCUAAACACAGGAGACGUCUUCGUCUUCCCAAUUGGUCUCAUUCACUUCCAAUUUAAUGUAGGAACAACCAAUGCUGUUUCUAUCUCUGGUCUCGGUAGCCAGAAUCCUGGGCUCAUUGUCAUAGCAAAGAAUGUUUUUGGAUCCAAUCCUCCUAUCAAUCCGGAUGUUCUCACCAAGGCGUUCCAAUUGGAAAAGAAUGUGGUUGACGAUCUUCAGAAAAAGUUCAUGAGUUAGAGAACUAUAUGUAAUAGCCACAAUGAACCAUUAGAUGGUUUGAAUAAAUUAAGUUUGCUAUGUUUCCCUUGUUGUAACGUUAUAGCAAUAUAUAAUUAUAAAGAAAUAAAAUGGUGGCUUAUGUA